CCUCAUCCCUCACUCACUCACAACACAACUCAACUUCAAAACUUCAAAGCUUCAAAGCUUCAACCUUUAACUUCAUCAAACCUUAAAACAAAGGGUAACCCCACAAUAAUUAACUCUGCAAAAUGAAGAUGGCUAGUCCUUCCAUGGGAGGUUCUAAGAGAAGGCUCUCAGGAAGAGGGCUUGGAGGUGCCCUCAGAGAGCAAAGGGCAAGGCUAUACAUAAUCAGAAGGUGUGUGGUCAUGCUCCUCUGCUGGCAUGACUAGUACAGCUACUACUACUCCUACUAUUACUACUUCACCUCUUCAAAAAUCCAACCUUGAUUCCAUCACUGUGGAAAACAAGAUUGGUUGUUUCUCUCCUCUUUAUUCUUCUCUUCCUUUCAUUCAUAGUGUGUAUAUAGCUGACAGCUGGUUAUUGUGGAAGAAGAGUGUUAACAAUUUUUUGUAUGGCUUCGCGUUAUGUACAUCACAAUAACACAGAAUUAUUUAUAACAAUUUCAAUUUUAUCAUA